AUGCCGCAGAAGCUCACGAUAGGACUCUCGCAAUCGCACACCCUUUCCUCCCUUCAAUCGACGCUGUCGGCGCUUCGCGAAACGACCCUACUCGCGGUAGAAAAGGGCAUCUCGAUCCUCCUCUUCCCCGAGGCCUAUCUCGGAGGCUACCCGCGCACCUGUUCAUUCGGAGCCGCGGUGGGAGCGCGCAGCGACGCCGGCCGAGACCAGUUCCUCGAAUAUUUCAAGUCUGCCGUCGACCUGGGCGACACGCCCAACGGGGCUGGGGAUGACUGGCUGGAAGGCCGACUGCCCGUGAACAAAGAGACGGGACGCCGCGGGGACGGGACACGAGAGUUUCUAGAGAACGUGGCACGGGAGACGGGCGUCUUCAUCGUCACAGGCCUGGUGGAAAGGGCCGGCGGCAGUCUAUAUUGUGCGGCCGUCUAUGUCGACCCGAAGCGCGGGAUUGUAGGCAAGAGGAGGAAGGUCAUGCCCACCGGGUCUGAGCGGCUGGUGUGGGCACAGGGCCAGCCGUCGACACUCAAGGCCGUGGCGGCAACCAUCAAGGGGGUCAGGGUCGUCAUGGGCUGCGCCAUCUGUUGGGAGAACUACAUGCCACUUCUGCGCUACAGCGUCUACAGCCAGGGUGUGAACCUGUGGUUGGCCCCCACGGCGGAUGCGAGGGAUACCUGGGAGCCUUUGAUGAAAACCGUAGCUUGUGAGGGACGCUGUUUUGUGCUCAGUGCCAAUCAGUGUGUCAAGAGAAAAGAUUUGCCCGGUUGGAUCACAGGCAGUGGCACAGCCGCUGGCACUCGACAAGGCGGUCAGGACCUUGCCGCCAAAGCGACCGCGGCGGGAACGGACCUCCCCAACGGGAAUCACGGCGCUGCUGCGGGCGGACGGCGAUUGUCCAUGUCGACGCGGACGGAAGAAAACCACGAGAUCGCAUGGAGGUGCAAAGAUGCCCCAAUCAAGGAGUCGGACACUGAAGCGUCUCCAUUGGAACCCAAAUCAUCCUAUAGUAGUGAGGACGAGCAAUUUGUGUCCAUCGGCGGUUCUUGCAUAGUCAAUCCCAUGGGCAAGACCAUUGCAGGGCCAUGUUGGGAACAGGAGCAGGAGUUGCUGUUUGCCGAGGUGGACUUUGACGACUGUGAUCGAGGCCAUUUGGACUUUGAUGCCGCAGGACACUAUGCGCGUCCCGAUGCAUUCAAACUGACCGUGGACGGGCUGGAUCUCAUCCCUCCGCCCUGA